CUACUAUGUUUUUACCAUCGUUCUAUUACAAAUACUAAAAAAUCAUAUUAAUGAUUUGCAUUGGUUAGUAGAAAGUGGAAUUUUACCGUUGCUAAGCAACCUAACUUCACACAACCAAAGACGACAAAAACUAGCAUGUACUUUGAUAUUUGUUUUCACAAAUGACUAAUCAGGGUGCAGAGCUGAACGAAGCUCACUGUCUCAGGGUGCUGUGCUCGCACCCGUGCUGCUGGGACACAGAACGCCGCUGCGCCAGAGGAAUCCUGCGCCAUACUCCAGCACCAGUGAAGAGAUCCUCUCCCAGAGACGAGGAUCUACCAUGUCUGAGCAUUGUUAAUGUCUCUGAAUGGGUUGGACGAAGGAGGCCGUUGUACAAAGCUAAUGCAGGGGCAUCUCUGAAUGACGUUACUUCAUUUACCAAACAGUCAAAGGACAGUGAAAUGAUUAGGAGGGCAGAUUUAUCCUCCCCAAGGUCAUUUUCCAGCAUACCCACCAAUGAAGCAAAGAAAAUGGUCAAGUUAAAUACCAUUAACAUCGGUCCAUUGAUCGGCUACUCUGAAAUGCCAAAAUGCCCAGUGGUCAUGUGGAAUCCCAACCCACACCGUGUGCCUCAGUGGCUCAACCAAAACAAAUUUCAAUCUCCAAACGUUGCUAUUAAAGAAUUAAUCUGCCCUACAUUUCCAAAGCCAUCCAAGGUGACCGCCGAAGAAAGAAUGAACUGGCAGGUUCAGAGGAGGCAGGCCAACCUAAGGAAAAGGUUUAAUCAUCGUAAAUGGCGAGAUCAGAGAGGUAGAAACUCUACACUAGAGGGAGCUGGCACUCCUCAAUUAACAGAAGAUCGUUGGGUGGGCAUUGGGUUUAAUCCCAUUUCUAGAAUCCCCCCACAUCACAUCUCCCGCAGUUUAUUGUUUCAAGAUACAGGAUGUGGAUCACUGGAUCAAAAACUGCCAAGUCUAACCACACCACACCCAAACCAUUGCAGGAGUCUCAGUCCGGCCUUAAGCCUGAGUUUGAGAUCAAUGAAGUUCUGAAGAAGCAACUGAACCUGCAAUGCAUCAGUCUUGUCCUUCUCCACAUUUGUUUGAGUUAGGGUUAACUAUAUGAAAGGUGAAUGCAAAGCUGUAAUGUAGCUACUUUGAACAGACUAAAAUAAAUACUUCAGGUUUUAAACAUAAUAUCAAUAGUGAAGAAUACAUAUAGGUGUUGAUAGUUUGUUCAUAGACAGUUCACUCAAAAGUGAAAAUUCUGUCAUUUACUCACAACAACGGUACCCAUUCACUUCUAUUGCAUGGACACUAAAGCGAUGCAAGUCAACGGUACCACCGUUGUUUGGUUACCAACAUUCUUGAAACUAUCUUCCUCUGUGUUCUGCAGAAGAAAGUAAGUCAUACAGAUAUGAAUUGACAAGAGGGUGAGUAAAUGAUGACAGAAUUUUCAUUUUUGGGUGAACUUUCCGAAGUGAAAAUCUCAGUCUGUGUGAGCUUUUUAGUGUACUUCCAGCCAUGUGCUUCUCUCAGUGAACUGUAAGUCCUCAGUGUCAACAGAAUCUUCUUUUCUGUGUGUUUCGUCACUGAUUUUCCUUGACAGCCCACACGGUGGUACAAACAUACACAGCUGCAGUGUCCACUGUGGGUCACUUCUCACACCCAGCCACUGUCUGAGUGCCAGAGAACCUUCAGUCUCACCACACACCCCUUUCCACACACCCAUUGCUCUCUUUUUUCCAUUAGCACAGAGCGUUUGAGUGUGUUAUGCAGGAGAGAAUAGAUGAAAAACUGGGAGUGGGAGAUCAGGGCUUCCUCCGUAAACUGGGAUUUCCACUGUUGACAUCCAGAAGAGGAUACGGUCUGGUCCCUGCUGAACACAGAUGCUGAGACUAUAAACAUAAUGUUUGUGGCACAGGCCCCAGGUGUAGACCAACGUCAGCUUUGAGGCUCACAUGUGACAUCCAGCCAAAUCGUGUCAUUUACUGCUUGGUUGGCAUGAGAUCUGUUUGUCAGUCAGGUUCCUUUCAAAUGUGCAGGUGUUUCCUAAAUGUGCAUCUGAAUGUUUCGAAUGGAAUACUAGCUUUCUACUAAAUACUGUGUGCAGUAAAUACUGCAUAAUGUCUACUAUUACAUUUUUUUUUAAUGCAAAAUAAUAUCCAUUUUGCAGUUGCAAAUGUUUCAAACUGUAGCGAAGUGGCACCUAGUUACCUUUUUAAAUAAAGUCUGAUUUUUAUGCACAAGAAAUAUCUUAACAUUUAGUUAUAGGCUAAGUCAAAAAAUAAGCUUAAUUUACUAACAAAGCUUUAGUCAUACUUGUCACUAUAUUUGAAGAGUUUGGUUCCAAAAUGAGAAACUCCGUGAAAAAAAUCAAAAAUGUUUUUGUAUUGUGCAUUCAAAUGAAUAUCAAUCAAACUGCAGAUGGUUUAUUUUGACUCGAAAACAACUACAACUAACUAACACAAUAAAAACAUGAUAACAUAAUAAAAAAACAUUUAUUUUUUUUAAACAGAGUUAUCUCAUUUUGGAACCAAACUCUUCAUUUACAUUUAGCAGACGCUUUUAUCCAAAGCAACUUACAAAUGAGAUAAUAUACUGGGAUACUAUAUAUAUAUACUAGAUGAGACACUAUAUACUGGUAUUGACAAUAACUGUGGUUUAAAAACCACGAAGACUAUCAAUAUUGUGUUAAUUCUACACAUGAUAAUAUGGUGAAUAAUUUUGACUGUUUACACUCAUAUAUUGAGUGUGAUUUAUAGGCCAAAACAAGAGAAGAUGCAAAAUAAACAAAACUGUAUUGUAGUGAUAGCAUUAAAAACAUAUUAUAGUAAUAUUGUUAUCAUUAAUUUUUGUAUAACAUAAGUGUAUUACAUGUCUUCACUUCAUUCCAACUGCUCAAUUUGGCAAAUGUAGUAGGUUAAACCGAAAAAAAUUGCAAAGUAUGCACAUACACACUAUUUACUGCAGAAAUGGUAAAAUACGUACGUUACUAUAUAGUCAAUGUCUUCUAAUAAAUUGAAUGAGGGCAGCACAUGACUGGAACAAACACAACCUACACAAACAAACUGAGGCAGUAGUCUAUGGCUGAAUAGAGCUGCAGUAAAGUUACCACCCAAAUCUCGUCUAUUACGCACACAGAGAUGCGUCAUUGACCGUCAGUGUUUGUUCUGACAGAUACUCACAGCUGUGCAGCUGACCAUGUGUCCCUCUGUCCGUCUCCCCAACCAGAAUGUAAUUGGCUUGUUUUGGUUGCUUGGAACAUCGCCAUAAUUAAAUUUACAAUAACGUACUACCAUUCUGCUAUUAUUUCAGUAUGUAGAUUGUAUAAGGUGUGGAUGCACGUAUGCCCAUUUUGAGCAGUGUAUAACAAAGUUCACUGGAAUG